AUGGAAGCUAGUAAUACAAAACAAGUAAUUCUUCCCCGCAUAUCGAGUAAAAAUGUCAGGUCGGGAGAAGAAAUGAUGGACGUUUUAGCGGAUGAUAUUCUGCGGUACGAACUUCUAUCAGAAUUUGUUGACCACUUUGACGACGACAGUAUUAACGUUCCCGACGAGCGUGAGGCAGAAGACGGUACCGCAAACUCUGUAGAUCACCGAUGUGAUGACGUUGGAGAUAAUUCUACUGAAACCCUCGAAGAUUCGCUUGUUACAGGACACAAUGUUACGUACGGAGAGUGUAGCAUUAUUUCCGUACUUGGCAACACGACUCAAAGUCGACCGUGCAGUUCCGGAUACGUCUACUCAGAACCCGCAGAUCGGUCUAUUAUCUCUGAUAUGAAUCUCGUGUGUGACCGGAAGCCUCUUGCCAGUUUGUCACAGACGGUUUUGUUUGGUGGACAAGCCUUUGGAGCCCUCACAUUACCGCACCUGUCAGAUCGGUAUGGACGAAAACCGAUUCUUAUCCUGUCCACUGUCGCCUUGAUGGUUAUUGGAAUUGGAACGGCUCUGGCACCAAACUACCCGACGUUCGCCGUACUGCGUUUUCUUGUUGGUGCUUGGCAACAGGGAAUUCUCACAACAGUUAGCACGUUGGCUCUGGAAUUGUUUCCUUCCCAGCAUCGAAAGCUGGUGUGCUCUGCUUUGAAUUUAAUAUGGGCUUUCUGUGCAAUGACGAUACCACUCUGGGCGUACUUUCUACAAAACUACUCCUGGAGGAUUCUACAAGUGGCGUAUACCUCAGCAACACUGUUAUUUAUAAUUCAGAUUUGGAAAGUAGAAGAAUCAAUCCCAUGGUUAAUCGCCAAUGGUAAAACCAAGCGAGUUGUUCGUGUGUUAAAGACAGCAGCCAAAGUUAGUAAAAUUCCUGUCCGUGUCGUCAUGGAACAGUUACACCUGCUGGAAGUGGAACAGAAAGGAAAAGACCAAGAUUCAGAAUUGGUUAAUCAAGAAGGUCAACUCAAAGAGGACUCUUUUCUCCUGAAGAAUUCCGUGCCUUCCAGAGAGGAAGACAAAGUCAGCGAUAUCGACACAGAUGAAGAACUCACAGCUGUCAAGCCAUACACCAUCUUAGAUAUGUUUAAGAACAAACGCCUUGUUGUGAACGUUUGUAUUCUAUUGUUUACGUGGUUUACAAACGCUCUGACGUUUUUCGGUCUCUUCUUGACGUCAUCAUCCCUAGCGACGCGACCGCUUUCUCAACUUCUUUCUGAACGCAGCCGUUGAGGUCCCUGCUG